GAACAUCAGGUUGUCCUUAUCAGUGUUUACAAUCUAGAAAUUCUUACGAUGUCGUUAGAGUGAUGUUUGACUUUGAAUGUCAAAUGUGUUAGACUAUAAAAUUGUAAGUACAAAAAACUUUACAGGGUCAAAUCCUCUCUAAAUGCGGCAGUUACCGGUGGCACACAUUUCAGUAACGUGUCUGAUGAUAAUAAUAACAGUGUUUAAUAAAACCAAUAAUGGUAUUCACACAAGUGGUAUCCAUCAAAGACAAAGCACCUGGAACCAAAGUAUACAACUAUGCUGAUUCAUUCUGGUGUACAUAUAUUGUGUCUGUGGUGGCUGCCAGUGUUGCAGAAAUAUUGACAUACCCAUUGGAUUUGACCAAGACCCGUCUGCAAAUACAAGGUGAAGUAGCUACAAGCAGUAAACCUACACAGUAUAGAGGCAUGUUAAAAACGGCUAUCGGCAUUGUCAAUGAAGAAGGUGCACUAAAAUUAUGGCAAGGUGUGACGCCCGCACUCUAUAGACAUGUAGUGUAUUCUGGUAUUAGGAUUGUAUCGUACGAAACCAUGCGUGAUAAAUUAUUAUUAAAAAACGAAGAUGGAUCAUUUCCGAUAUGGAAAUCGGCCAUAAGCGGAGUGAUGUCUGGUGUUAUUGCUCAGUAUGUUGCUAGUCCAGCUGAUUUGAUCAAAGUUCAAAUACAGAUGGAAGGCAAACGACGUCUGAUGGGAGAGCCUGCUAGAGUGUUAAGUGCAGCACAUGCGUUCAAAAAAAUAGUAUCUGAAAGUGGUGUCCGUGGUUUGUGGAAAGGUUCAAUACCCAAUGUACAACGUGCUGCUCUUGUAAAUCUUGGUGAUUUGACUACUUAUGAUACAGCUAAGCAAGUAAUUAUGCAUAAAACUGGAUUACCUGAUUCCCAUCUACUGCAUUGCCUUUCUAGUAUAUGUGCUGGAUUAGUAGCAGCUACAUUAGGAACUCCAGCAGACGUUGUAAAAACACGUGUUAUGAAUCAACCAACUGACAAAAAUGGAAUUGGUUUGAUAUACAAAGGAUCUUUAGACUGCCUGUUGAAGACUAUUGAAAAUGAAGGGUUUUUUGCUCUUUACAAAGGAUUUUUACCUGUCUGGAUUAGAAUGGCACCCUGGUCAUUAACUUUUUGGAUGAGUUUUGAACAAAUACGCCAUAUGCUUGGUGCUACUGGAUUUUAGAAAUUACAGAGUAUAAUCAUUAGAUCUCAUUUUUAUUAUGUUUUUCAUCUUUUACAAUAGUUCUAAAAUAUGUCAAGAUGUUUAUUUUCAUAUUCUCCGUGAUCGUAUAGAAAAUUUAGGUCAUGAAUAUACACAGUGCACACUACACAUAAUUUAUUUCAUAGAGUCUAGAGAUUGACUUCCGUACAAACUACAAGUACUAUGGAUUAUAAUUUAUAUUAUUAAUCAAAAUCAAUGAUAAGACAACAUUGUAACAAUGACAAACCAUCUAUAUCAAGCAAUAUGGAAAAAUGUAGGUCAUAUUUCCGUUACUGCAGGCUUAAUAUAAAAUUGGUAAAAAUUAAAUACUCUUUAUUUAUUACCAUAUUGAAUUAACUUUAUUUUUUUAUUUAAUUUAACUUGAUUUGUGAUUGUACCAUGGUUCAAAAUAUUGAGAUUAAAUAAAUCAAUGUUUUAAUAUUAUAAUUUCAAAAAUAAAUUAUUGAACAUUAAAACAUUGGUAAAAAAAUAUUUAGAAGUUAAAGUACUGAUAACUUGUUUUGAAUGAUAAAUUUAAAAAUAUGUACAGUACUAUAAAAAAUGUGGUUUUUUUCUUUCAAUUAGGUAACAUUUAUAUGAUUUUACUCUGAUCUUACCCUUAAACCUACAGUAAAAGAAAUACAUAUUACAAUUUUUCUAUAUUGUAUAUUGAAAUGACGGACAGUUAACUAAUGUUGAUAUAACACCACCUUCAAAAUUAAAUAAUUAAAAAUUGUGUUAUAGCAUCAAAUAUACAUUACUAAGGUUUUCAUCACUUUUGGCUCAAACUCGUGUCGUUAUUAGUGUUAUUUAUGUUUAAAAAAAAACUGUUGUUUUAAAUUGUUUGAUAAGUUAACUAUUUAAUCUAGAUUUAAUGUUUGGCCAAAUACCAAUUAUUUUAUUGUGUUAACUAAAAUAUUUACCACCCUAAUUUAUCUGUCAAUUGAAUUUACUUGUAAAAUUAUCUUUUGUUUGUACAAAUUAACAAUACAUACUACAAAUUAACUAUAAUUUAUAGAAAUAUUAAUACAUUUCUAUAAAAUAAAAGUACUUUAAGUACUUAUACAUAGAUACAUUAUACUAUCUAUGAUGCCAAUUAAACCCAAUAUCUAUUGCUAACACAAAUUGUUGUGUUUUUAUUCAAUUGCAUUUACAUACAAUUCAAACUAAAUUAAUUAUACUUUUACAUGUUAGGAUAUUAGGCUGCCUGGUAUAAAGUAAUAAAAUAUCCAAGUAGAAAAUGUAUUUUUUUUUUUUGUAGUAAUUAUGUUUUUUUUUCAAUAAACUUAGUACCAUUUUUAAAAGUAUUUAAUUUAAAUUUGCCAAAAACUGAAUUAAAGUUCUAUGUAAAUUAAUAUAAAUAAGAGACCACCAACAAAACUUUGUCUAUAUCCUACUGUAAUACUAUGAAUAAUGAUGUAUAAUCUGCUGUAUAGUAGGUUUAAAAUAUACCUCGUCACUGUACUCAACUGUAAUAACUGAUGUGUUAAAUUUGAAUUCAAUGAUCAUAUAAUUAUAAAUCAUUACAUGAAACUGUGUGUCAGACCAUUCCUAAAGAUAUUAAAUAAAUAAUAAAUAUUAAAUUAUUUAUAUAA